AUGAUUUCCCUAAGACAGGCGAUAUACGGCGUCUGCGGCCAACCCCCUGCAGCUGCCACCAGCCGUGGAUGGUCCUCUGAGGCGGCUGUGCCUACCGGGUAUAAAUAUGCGUGGUUUCCCCCUCAAGCCCUUCCGUCCCUCCCUCCUCCUUAUUAUCUCGACUCAUCCUACACCACCGCGAGACACCAACCACCGAGAGGCCCUUGCGUACUCGAGGACGACCGAGCGAACAUAAAAAGUCCGACCGACAGCGGUGCUCCACCAUCUUUCAAUCAUGGGGGUGGCAUGCAUCAGAAAGGCGGAGCUUCACCCAAUCAUGUAUGCCAGUCAAAAGGUGCGCCUGGCUUCGCCUCUGUCCCCACGACGGGCUUCAUCACACUGUCAUCAUCAGUUCAGAUUCGGAGAUGGAUGAACAUCAGCCUGGAUGUGGAACAGCAUCCCCAGAAGAAAGACAUGUGGACUGAGUACCAGGGUGGGGUCGUUCACUACCGUCCCUAG